AUGUCGCGACUGGCACCAUUCACGGGCUCCCAUGUCUUGCCAGAGGAGAAAUUUCUACCUCGAGCAACUGACUUCCGUCAGACUCGCUCCUUCUCUGUCUCUCCCUCUCUCCAGCACUGUUUUUUCAUCAAUCGCGUGAAAACGAAAAUGGCGGGUGGCGAGGAAAACGAAAAUCAUCUUGUGGGUGAGGAGAGGCAAGAAAACAUGGAAAACCAUCAAGGAAAUGGAGAAUUAGUGACAGCAGACGAUCCCGAUAGUCCACGAGAUAUAAAUGCAGAGAUUGACCAACAAAGAGAAAAGUAUCAACCGACUCGUCUAGAGUCAUUUUUUGCUGUGACCAAAUCACUGAUUAUUAGAGCUCUCAUUAUUUACUUCAUAAGUUCCUUUUUCCGGCGUCCUCAAACUGACCCAGCUACAGCAACACCGGGAAGUAGUGGCAGCGCUGGUGCAGGCAUUGCCAAAGUACCUGCGGUAAACAUUUUUGAAAAUGGAACAUUGUUCGAUCUGUAUGUUUACUUGUCAGAGGCUGAAGACUUUAAGGAUUACAAAGAUCCAAGUGCCCUAAUUUGGUUGGAAUCUGGAAUGAUUUACGGCGAUUGGUACAGUGGGCCUGAUCAAGAUGGCACUAAAGUAUUGAAGCACAAAUUUGCACCGCCAGACCAAUUAAAACACAAUGGUUCCAUUUAUUUACACAUUUACGUCACUCCCAAUGGAAAAUCACCAGAUCCUGGUGCGGGAAAAGGUGUUUAUGCAGGACAGUAUGUGUCGUACACAAAGAAAAUGCUAAACAAAUUUAAAAAAAUCAAAUACCAGAGGACGCACAAUUUACUCACUGGGGAAACAACAGCCACAGCCAUAGAAAUUGAGAAAGCUGAGUCAAUGAAGGAAGAAAUUGUCUCACACUGGCAUCCCAACUUAACAAUUAAUCUGGUGACAGAUCAGACAAAUUGGGUCCAAGGACAAGUUCCACCACCUUUAGACGAAUAUAUUUACUUCUUGCCUGGGGGAGCCAAGUACAAGCCAGUAAUUUUCACCAAUGAUUUUUGGAACAUGCAACGUGAUUACCAGCCACUGAAUGAGACAAUCACGGAACUUGAACUUCAUUUAAUAUACCAGCCACUAUCUCUAUUCAAAUGGCAACUUUAUUCUGCUCAAACUAUGAGGAAUAAAUGGACUUCAUCCUUUAUGGGUGAUGCAGCAGAGGAGGAUGACAGCGAUCAAGACACUUUGAAAGAAACGUUGUUAGAAACAAAUCCGUAUCUACUAGGAAUGACCAUCGCUGUAUCAAUUUUGCACAGUGUUUUUGAACUUUUAGCUUUCAAAAAUGACAUUCAAUUCUGGAAUAAUCGAAAGUCCCUCGAAGGGUUGUCUGUCCGUUCGGUAUUCUUCAACGUAUUCCAGUCUCUAGUAGUUCUACUUUACGUAUUGGAUAACGAGACCAACACGGUGGUGAGGAUCAGCUGUGCUAUCGGAUUGUGCAUAGAAAUAUGGAAAAUUAACAAAGUUGUGGAUAUCACAGUCAGAAGAGAUGAUAAGAUCCUAGGAAUAAUUCCAAAAUUAUCAUUCCACGACAAAGGGUCGUACGUUGAAUCUUCCACUAAAGAAUAUGAUAGACUGGCGUUUAGAUAUCUAUCGUGGGCAUUGUAUCCGUUACUGGGUGGGUAUGCUAUCUAUUCCCUCCUAUACCUCGAGCACAAAGGAUGGUAUUCUUGGGUCCUUAAUAUGCUCUAUGGAUUUUUGCUCACCUUUGGAUUUAUAAUGAUGACGCCGCAAUUAUUCAUUAACUACAAAUUGAAAAGCGUUGCGCAUUUACCUUGGCGCAUGAUGUCUUAUAAAUUCCUGAACACUUUCAUCGAUGACAUAUUUGCAUUUGUUAUAAAAAUGCCAACGCUAUACCGACUGGGCUGUUUCCGUGACGAUAUUGUGUUCUUUAUAUUCUUAUACCAACGUUGGAUUUACAAGACUGAUCUUACAAGGGUAAAUGAGUUUGGAUUUUCUGGCGAAAUGGAAGGCGAGAUUAAGGAUGGCGAUGGUCAAAAAGCUAUAGAAAAUGCUCCGAAAACUAAAACAGAUAAGAAAAAAGAUUAACAUUUAACAAAUAUGUUAAGUAAGUGUUUGUACUAAGUUAAUUAGAUUUAAAUAAAUUUAACAAACCUAAAGUAUUUAAAAA